CAUGGAUAGAAACAUCAUGCAGAGAAAGAAAGAAAAAGAGAACCGCAACUUGGACACAAAACAAACACAACUUGUGGUUUCCUUUUUGCAAGUUGUUGUAGUUUUCUAAAGUACAAAAAACAGACAGCCAGAAAAUUCUGGCUAAGCCAUGCCCCACAAAUUGUUUGCUUAUAGGGGAAUGAUUUUUGCCUAUCACCAUCGUCAUCCAUCAAUGCCUAUCACCCCACCACCCACUUUUUACGUGAGAGAUGGAUAUGCCUGCGGGCUCCAACAACAACACAACACUCACCAAAGAGAAGAACAAAGAAGAAGGAAAUUCCCUCAUCAUAGACACAAACCAGUUGUGGGGUUUGCAGAGUUUGCUCCUUUGAUUGGUUACCUUGUGAAUUGCCGAAGAAAGAUUGAAUUUUCAGCAAUCAUAAGCCUUGGAUAGUGCCUCUAGCGUGACGAUGACGUGAAGUCUGGUUAAUAAUUUUUACUUUCUUUUCUUUGGAGGGGAAUCAAUUUAUUUACACCAGCAUUGGUGUUGAGAUGGAUGGUUUUGGGAGAACAGUUGAAACAUAAAAGUACCAAAUGAAUGCACUUACAAGAUGGUGACGAUAAAUAAUAGUAUGGUAUAGAACGUGAUUCCUCUUUGAAAAUUUGGAAGAACCUUACCCUUAUCAAUAGAAAUGGGGUUACCACAAGUAUCUUCAGGCUGCAUUGCUGAGGAGGUGGCAGCAUCAUUUGUGCAAACUGCACCUAGGAUUGCCAGCAUAAGCAACAAUGAGUUGAACUUGUUGGCUGGGGAAGAAGAACGUUGUAAUCGCACGAAAAUUCACAUGCCUCACUCUGAGAGGAAUAAUGUUAUAGAGCUCUCGAAAUCACAUGUUUCAAAGACGAGCAAAGAUGGUAAAUCCAACAUACAGAAGUUGAAGAUUGACUCCAUGGAACAAAUUGCCAGGUUGUCUGUCAAUACAGAGCAAACACCUACUUCAAGGACUGUAGGUUUUCGUAUAAGAGCAUCAACUCCUUGCGUUAAUGGUUUUGGUGGAAAUGGAUAUUCGUCAUCUGUGUUUAAUGCCACCAAUGACGCAACUGAAGCAUCUAAAUCGCAAGUCAGGAAGCGAUUAUUGUCACCUUUGAAUGGAAUGAUGCUUGCUGAUCAUUUUAGAGGUGAUCCUCUGGACAUUGGUGAAGGUAAUCAUCGAACUUGUCCGAAAGUUGGAGAUGAUUGUCAUAAUGCUAUACAUGAGUAUAAGAAGGUUCAUAUUGGAGAUGACAUCAAUAUUCAACCCACAAUUUGGUCGUCUGCUUAUUUUCAGGAAUUUGUGAACUCAUCUUGUAAUGACUCUGGUAUGAACAAGAACAAAAUUGUUUCUAGUCAUGACAGUUCACACAGUGAGCAUGAGGAGUCAAUGUGUUAUAAGCAUUUGAAAUCGUCUUCAGAACUUAAUGAUUCUAAAGAGAGAACUAAAUUGAAGUCCCUACCAGUGGCGUUAUCAAUACCUCAGAAAAAGGUGUCAUCACCUCGCUUCCCUUUGUCUCCACUGGGUAAAAAAUCUUCUACAAAUGAAAAAUUGGGAGGGUGCAGAACUAUUGAUGUUAUGUUGGAUGAUGGCAAUCUGAGUUUUAAAGAUGUAGAAGAAUCUCUUGAUAAAACUUGUCAAGGAUUUAAAUCACAGCUCUAUUAUAACAGUAUGCAGCAAAAGUCUGACAUGUUUACUCGUGAUAAGAUCAUCGACAUGAAUGAUUAUUGGACUCGUCCUGCUAGCUUUCCUCCUAAGCAUGCCAAUUUUUGUGGAACUAUGAGUAGAUUGCCUAGUAGAAGGUCCCUGAUUGGCUCAUUUGAGGAAUCGCUGUUAUCUGGUCGCUUACUGUCCGGGAAAGUUAGUCAGGUUAGCAUUAGUCAGAAAAUUGAAGGCUUUCUUGCUGUGUUGAAUGUAACUGGUGGCAAUUUCUCACCACAAUCGCAAAAAGUUCCAUUUGGCGUAUCCAGCGUGCAAGGAGACAAGUAUUUAUUAUAUUAUUCAUCAAUUAAUCUUUCAGGAAAAUUAUCAAGCAAGUCUAGAGUCUCUAAAUUUCAGAGAACCCUUAGCAUGGAUGAAUCACGAUCUGAAAAGAGCCGUAUACGCAUACCUAUGAAAGGACGCAUUCAACUGAACAUUGGCGCCGUCUGUGGGGAACAACGAGAGGCUCACAUAAGAAAUGAGGCGGGAAAAGUGAAGGUGGCAAGAAAGUUCUCAACGAAAGUAGUGCCAAGAAAAAUGAGGGUAGGAGACUUAGUGCUCCGAAAAAAUACAAUACCUGAUAAACACAACAAACUUUCACCCAACUGGGGCGGGCCUUACAGGAUUAUAGGCGACGUUGGAGGAGGAGCUUAUAAGUUGGAACAACUAAGCGGUCAAAAGGUUCCACGAACAUGGAACGCCUCUCAUCUAAAGCAGUAUUUUAGUUAAUAGAAACAACAAAUGUAAAUGAAGUCGCACUCUUUUUCCCUUUCUUUGGAAAGGUUUUUAAUGAGGCGACAUUUGUAAUGAAGGGACAAUUGUUCCCAUACGAAAGAAAAUUAAUGAAAAUAUCAUUUCAACAGAAUCGCAUAUAUUUUUUAAUUUAUAUUACGAGUUCAUGCAAUGCAAAUCGUAUCAAGGUAUGCAAUACCGCGAGUAAACCUUUCGGAAUAAGAGAGUAUCGCCUUCAAAAGUUAAAAGCCUUGGCAAUUCUAGUGGCCACUAGAAACCAAGCCUCGUCGAAAAAUCGGCUAAGGUAUGUAAACCAAAGUAACAACGAAAGUUGGAAACAACUAAAACAACGAAUGAACUUAAGAUGAUAUCCAUUUAAAGUAGAGAAAAGGGGGCGACACCCAUACAUGAUUUGGAAUGAAAAUAAAAGACAGGGCAAUGCCCAAAGAAAAAUUUCAACUUCAUAAAAUAAAAACAAAUUCAAGCCAGGUUCUCGUUGUUGGCGUUGUUGCCCUGGCUUGUCCCAGCUUGAGGAUCUUCCUUCUCUUGAUCCUCAUUCCUGUGCUGCUCAUUCCCAUCCUCGCCAUCUUCUUCAGGCUCACUCUCAUCAUCGAAUUGGGGAAGGAGGUCGAGGCUAAUGUCAUCAUCACCAACUACUUGACCAUCCUUGAUCUCCUUCAGCCA